AUGUCUCAUAUAAAAGAGUUUGAACACCUCAAAGUACAACUAGAAGCUAUACUAUUAGCAACCAACAACUUAGCUGUUGAGAAUUUCAUUGGGAAAGGAGGAUUUGGGAAAGUGUACAAGGGAGAAAUCGACGUCCAUUCCAAGGGCAAAUCCAUGGUUGCAUUUAAACGUUUAGAUCGUGCAUUUGGGCAAGGAAACCCAGAGUUUUGGAAGGAAAUCAUGAUGCUUUCCAGAUGUAGACAUGAAAAUAUCGUCUCUCUCUUAGGGUUUUGCGAUGAGGGUGACGAGAAGAUUCUCAUUUACGAGUACGCAUCUAAGAGAAGCCUCGACUUGUAUCUCAACCGUGAUGAUUUAUCAUGGCUUCAACGCUUAAAGAUAUGCUUCGGGGCCGCUUGUGGACUAGCAUAUCUUCAUAAUCCUAUCGAGGACCAACUUAGAGUAUUGCAUCGUGAUAUUAAAAGUUCCAACAUCCUAUUGGAUGAAAACUGGAAUGCCAUGAUCUCAGAUUUCGGACUGUCCAAAUUGGGUCCUAUUAAUCAAGAGUUCACAUUUCUUAUCUCCCAAACUGUAGGAACAGUCGGGUAUUGCGACCCGCUGUAUGCAGAGAUGGGGUUCUUAUCAAAAGAGUCGGAUGUUUAUUCCUUCGGUGUGGUGUUGUUUGAAGUAUUGUGCGGGAGGUUGUGCUAUAGAAACAACAAUGAUAGCGAUAAGCUUUUAGCAGGAUUGGCAAAAGAAUGCUAUGAACAAAACAGAGUAAAUGAUAUUAUUUAUGGUAAUAUAAAGGAUGAUAUAGAUCCUAGUUCUUUGAAAGUGUUCACAACAAUAGCUUAUCGAUGUUUGAAAAGAGACCAUAAGGAACGUCCAUUAAUGACCGAGAUCGUGAAAGCACUUGAAACUGCACUUCAUUAUCAAUCACUUGGACAGAAUCUUGGGAUGUGUAUCUGA